UCGUGAUAUAACACCAUUUACUCUUAUGCUAUGGCCCUGUUCUUUCAUGUGCUCUAGAUGCAUCGAGGAUCUCUGGCGUAUCAUCGUCUUUCCUGAACACCAUGCAAGAGGAGCGAUGCACCAGUCAAGCUUUCAUAAAGGAUUUACCUAUACUCGUGGGCAUUCUGGCUCCUCUUCUCAUGCUUCCCGUACUGGCAGGUGGAACAAAGGAAGUAAAGUGUUGCUACUGCAUUUCAAGUACGCUGACCACGCUCCUGACAGACGCUCUUCCCAGCCAAGUAGCCGGCUUCUUGCCCAUGCUCAUCCUCCAAGUACUUGGCUUCCCCAAUAUCCAGCGGUGUUACAUGGCUGCAGGGAGGAUCUCGUUGAUAUCCCUAACCAAAGUCACCAUCUUACAGCCUGCUGCUCUGAGAGAACUGGCUUCCGUGUUGUUAGUACUGUGCAUCAACUGCACAUCCUUGGUGACGCGAACUGCACUAGCAAUCCUGGAGUACUGCGGAACGCGCAUGCGUGCAAUUCUUUUAAGCUGCCUCUGGGCUACCGUAGCUACUUCCUUGUUCCUGGACAGCACUGCCGUAGUCAGCGUCAUGGUAGCAAUCGUGGGGCGCCUGGUCACUGCAAUUCAGGACGACGUCAUCCAGGCGUUCCACCAGCGUUCACUCUUUCAGAAAGCAACUGAAGGGUUUACCGCAAUUAGGAGAAAAGGACUAGAAGACGCCCUGUUCCGCAAGCCGGAAGACAAAAACAACUGGACGAAUAAGAUUGCUCCUGUACAUUAUGAGACAAACUCUCGCUCAGAGGAGCCAUCUUGCCAGAGUGCAACGCCCCGCGGCUCAACAACAACAGAGGUUCCGUCGGUAGAGUUACAUAGCCCUCCAAAGCAGCCGGCAUUUCCGUUGAAGUCGUCUCUAGCAGCUGCAGGAAAGCCGGUGGGGCGUCCCAAGCUGCAGACGUCAAUCUUCGAAAAAGGGAAAGUUAUAAAUCCUGGCGUCGCCUCACCGACUCCAAAGCCUAGUCUUCGCGAGAAUGUGAUGCGUCAUGCGUCUUCGACCUACAUGAAGCCAGGGAUUCUGAAUGACGUCGCCUUCUGGGAAAGCCAGAGGUACAAGCGCAUGGAGAGAGAUCUCAUAAUCAGCGUUACCAUGGCUUCCUUCUUAACGUCCGUGAUCAGCCUAGCAGGGAACCGAGGGAACCGAUACUUUGUGGCAUAUUUUAAAAUGCGUUUCGGUCAGGACGUGAUAACGCACACGAUCUGGUGGAUGCUGAUGCUCCCUGUCGUGAUACCGUCCAUGAUUGCAUGCUGGAACCGGUACAACGCCAGGAUCCUGCAUAAAUAUGACGCACGCUUGAACAAGGAUGCAGCCAGGGCCAUUCGAAAAUGUCUGAAAAAACAGAAAAGUAAUCUUGGGAAACACAGGCGACUGGAGCUCCUGGUUGCUGCACUAUUUGUAUCCUGGCUCUUGUCCAGGAUAAUCGUAAUUAACGAAGACGUCGAGGAACACUAUAACUUUGCUACAAGAAGUUUGAUGUUCGACUACCUAAUAGUUGUACUCCUGUUUGCCUUGCCAUGCUACGGGGAGCAAAUAAGCUACGUAGUCGACGGGUUCCUCGGCUUCCAGGAAAUAAAGCGAAACGUCCCAUGGAGCGCCAUCAUAAUUUACGGAGGCAGCACGUCCAUGGCGUUUGCGAUGCGGAAUUCCUCGGUAGCCGACUGGCUUCUGCGCGACCUUCCCUACAGCAGCAACCACGGCAGGCUUUUCACGCAAGCCUUCCUUACAAUGUGGGCCUCACUGAUAACAGAACUCGUGGGGAAUGUGGCGACAGUCUCUAUGUUACUUCCUAUCUCCGUCGACGUGGCGCUCAAGAUUCCAUGCAAUCCACUAUACUUUGCAAUUCCCAUCACAGCUGCAUCUUCCACGACCCUGAUAUUUCCUACUUCGUCCAUGGCCAUGGCCAUCAUGCAAGAAAGACUCCAGCUCAGUCCCGUAAACCUGGUGGUGGCCGGCAUGUUCUUCAAGUCUAUUGGUGUGGUGACUGUGCUCCUGAGCGUUGGUACGGUGGGCAACGUGAUCUUCACCUGGAGCAAAGUACCCAUUUGGGCGACCGUUGAAGCAAUCAAUGCUACCGCUCAUUUUCCUGUUAAAUAACGGCGGCUUCAUACUGAAUAGUAUACUUCACCUAUAUUUCUGUACACAACGUGAGAAUAUUUUGAAAAAGUUACAAUAGGCAAACCUG